AUGGAAAUGUCCAAUCGAACCACUGUGACCGAGUUCCUUCUCCUGGGAUUCUCUGAUGUUCGGGAGCUGCAGAUUUUGCACUUUAUGGUGUUUCUGCUGAUUUACCUGGCAGCCCUGCUGGGGAAUCUUCUCAUCAUCGCAGCCGUAGCCCUCGACCACCAUCUUCACACCCCCUUGUACUUCUUCCUGGCGAAUCUGUCCAUCAUAGACCUCGGCUCCAUCUCCGUUACCAUCCCCAAAUCCAUGAUCAAUUCCCUCAUGAACACCAGGUCGAUUUCUUAUCCUGGAUGUGUCGCCCAAGUCUUUCUCUUUGUAGUCUUCAUUGCAGCUGAUCUUGCCUUACUCACCAUCAUGGCAUACGACCGAUAUGUCGCCAUCUGCCAACCACUGUACUAUGAGAGAGUCAUGAACAGGAGAGCUUGUGUCCAAAUGGCAGCCAGUGCCUGGAUUACUGGUAUUGUCUACUCUGCCCUGCACACUGGGAACACCUUCAGUUUACCCUUCUGCCAGUCCAAUGUCAUCAGCCAGUUCUUCUGUGAAAUCCCCCAGCUACUCAAGAUCACCUGCUCUGACUCGUACCUCAUUGAAGUUGCGCUUCUUGCCUUUAGUUUUUUUUUAGGUUUAAACUGCUUUGUUUUUAUAAUUGUGUCUUAUGUUCAGAUCUUCAAUACCGUGCUGAGAAUCCCCUCUGAGCAGGGCCGGAAUAAAGCCUUCUCCACCUGCCUUCCUCACCUCACUGUGAUCUCCUUGUUACUUUGCACUGCCAUGUUUGACUAUCUGAAUUUCACCUCCAGCUCAGCAUCUAAUCUAGAUCUCUUUGUGGGUGUUCUCUAUGCUGUCAUGCCUCCAAUGAUGAAUCCGAUCAUCUAUAGCAUGAGAAACAAGGAGAUCAAAGCUGCAUUGAAGAAACUGAUUGUGUGGCGGUUAUUCACCAAGAAUUAA